AUGACACAGCCCCCGACGCUCGCAUCGACCACGGGCGAUGCGCCAGCCACCGAUCCGCGCGCGUUGCGCCGCAUCCACCGCCGGCCAGACCCUGGAGCGCGCGCGGCGCAUGCGCAGUUCUACGUCCUGCUGGUGCCGGCGGUGGCGCUGCUGAUCGUCUUCAAGUACAUGCCGAUGUACGGCGUCGGCAUCGCGUUCGUGGACUACAACAUCGUCAAGGGCAUCCUGGGCAGCACCUGGAACAACUUCAAGUGGUUCAGUUGGGUCUUCAACGACUACUUCUUCUGGCGCGUGCUGCGCAACACGGUGAUCCUCAGCCUGCUGCGCCUGGCGAUCGGCUUUCCGGCGCCGAUCAUCCUGGCGCUGCUGCUCAACGAGGUCGCGUGA